AUGGGAGAACUACUAGCGAUCUUCGCACGAUAUAAAGAGGUAAAACCAGGAAAUCAGAAGGAAACAAAAGAUAUGGCGUGCCGCGCGAAGCUUCUGACGGAAGAUAAAGCCGUCGCGCGGGCGGACUUCUACUUCUACCAGUUUCUGAGCAACGAGUAUCGCCGUAGCUUCGUGGAAAUGCACUUUAGGUGGUGCUUUCUAAUUCAUAAUGACCCGUUCUUUGGCGCCCCGAUGAAACAGGGCAAGCUUAAGGAGCCGUGUCCAUAUCCACCGGGCGACUAUCACAUGUACAACAUGAGUAUCCCCACUGCCGCUAUACCUUCAGGGUUCCCGUUCACAAAGGGCCGGAUCUUCGGAAACCUCACCCACAACGGAAACGAUGUGUUUGGCGGCUACAUUGACAUGGAACUUAAAGAGAAGCGGGUUAAAAACUAG